UUGACAUCUGCAGUUGAGCUCAGUACUUGGGAUGCUUUUCAUUCUUUACACACUUCUGUUUUCCAUUCAACUUCAUGCAAAUGCAGAAAAGCCUUUUUGCAGAGUGAUGGGAGACCCGAAGUACCCGCUGCUUUCAAAGGAUGGGGACAUAACUAUUGGGGCACUUUUUCCAAUCCGAAGCAUAGAAACACUGCCUUCAUUUGAGUUUACACUAAAACCUCAGCUUCUGUCAUGCUCUAGUGUAAAUCUAAGAGAUUUCCGGAUGGCUCAGACCAUGACCUUUGCCAUUCAUGAGAUUAACAAAAGUCAAAAUUUGCUACCAAAUGUUUCAAUUGGUUAUAAAAUUUAUGAUACCUGUGGUUCAAGACUGUCUUCUAUGAGUGCAACUAUAGCAUUAAUGAAUGGUCAAGAAUUUGCAUCAGAAGACGCAUGCAAUGGACAGUCUCCUAUACAUGCUAUCAUAGGAGAAACAGAAUCUUCUGCCACAGUUAUUCUGUCCAGAACUACGGGACCUUUUAAAAUUCCAGUGAUUAGUCACUCAGCCACAUGUGAAUGUCUAAGCAACAGGGGAAAUUAUCCUUCUUUCUACAGGACUAUUGCUAGUGAUUACCACCAGAGCAGAGCACUUGCAUACAUAAUCAAGCACUUUGGCUGGUCUUGGGUGGGAGCUGUGAACAGUGAUAAUGACUAUGGAAACAAUGGAAUGGCCAUAUUUUUGAAUACAGCACAGGAAGAGGGGAUUUGUGUGGCGUAUUCUGUGAAAUUCUACCGAACAGAGCCUGAAAAACUUUGGCAAGUGGUGGACACAAUUAAAAAUAGCACUGCAAAAGUGAUUGUUGCAUUUCUUACUAGUUUUGAAAUGGAAAAUUUGCUUGAGCAGCUAAGUACUAACAACAUUACAGACCUCCAAAUGAUUGGUGUGGAGGCAUGGAUAACUGCAAAGAGUUUGAUCACUCCAAACAGCUUUCAUGUUUUGGGAGGGUCACUUGGGUUUGCUGUGCGAAAAAUUGAUAUUGAAGGUUUUUCUGAUUAUGUUAUAAAAUCAUUCUGGGACACAGAUUUUCCAUGCUCACAGGUUGAGAGAAAUUAUUCUCAAUAUGCAUUAAGCUGCAACACAUAUCAGGAUCUGCUUUUGCUGAAAAGCGACAAUGAAGAUGUGCCUGAACAAAGAUAUGCAAGUAAUGUCUAUAAAGCAGUAUAUGCUGUGGCUCAUUCACUACACAGUCUACUCAAGUGUAAAGAAAAGGAAGGUUGUGAAAAAGACCUGAAAAUACAACCACAGCAGGUUGUUGAGGCUCUAAAAAGGGUAAAUUUCACUGUAAAGAUGGGAGAUCGUGUGUGGUUUGACAGCACUGGUUCUGCCGUAGCUCAAUAUGAAGUCGUAAACUGGCAGCAGGAUCCAGAUGGAUCAGUCCAGUUUAAACCAGUGGGAUACUAUGAUGCCUCGCUGCCACCUCACCAGCGCUUUGUGCUUAACACAGAAAACAUAAUCUGGGCUGGAGGACAGCUGGAGAAGCCAAGGUCUGUGUGCAGUGAGAGUUGUCCUCCAGGCACUAGGAAGGCUGCACAGAAAGGAAGACCUGUCUGCUGUUAUGACUGUAUUCCAUGUGCAGACGGAGAAAUCAGUAAUGAGACAGAUUCAAACAACUGCAAGCAGUGUCCAGGGGAAUACUGGUCUAAUGCUGAGAAAAAUAAAUGUGUGUUAAAGGCUGUAGAGUUUCUGUCAUUUACAGAAGUUAUGGGUAUAGUGCUAGUCAUUUUCUCACUGUUUGGAGUAGGAUUAACUGUGCUGGUGGCCAUCCUGUUUUACAGCAAGAGGGACACCCCCAUAGUAAAAGCCAACAACUCAGAGCUGAGCUUCCUGCUGCUCUUCUCAUUGACUCUGUGUUUUCUCUGUUCACUUACUUUCAUUGGUCGGCCCACUGAGUGGUCCUGUAUGUUGCGUCACACAGUGUUUGGGAUCACUUUUGUCCUCUGUAUCUCCUGUGUUCUGGGGAAAACAAUAGUGGUGUUAAUGGCCUUCAAGGCUACACUUCCAGGAAGUAAUGUCAUGAAAUGGUUUGGGCCUACACAACAACGACUCAGUGUUCUUUCAUUUGCACUUAUACAGGUUCUAAUUUGUGUGCUUUGGCUAACAAUAUCUCCUCCAUUUCCCUACAAAAAUAUGAAAUAUUAUAAUGAAAAGAUCAUUCUUGAGUGCAGUCUGGGAUCUACUAUUGCUUUCUCUGCAGUUCUGGGUUAUAUUGGCCUACUGGCUGUUUUGUGCUUCAUUUUAGCUUUUCUGGCUCGCACACUGCCUGAUAACUUCAAUGAAGCUAAAUUUAUCACAUUCAGCAUGAUCAUAUUCUGUGCUGUAUGGAUCACGUUUAUCCCUUCUUAUCUUAGUUCACCUGGAAAAUUUACUGUAGCUGUAGAGAUUUUUGCCAUUUUAGCCUCAAGCUUUGGUUUACUAUUCUGCAUAUUUGCACCUAAAUGUUAUGUCAUCCUGCUUAAGCCUGAACAAAAUACAAAACAGCAUAUGAUGGGAAAGGUUUCAUCCAAAUCAUACUAAUAGAAAAUGACUAUAUUAACAUUGUAAUUUUAUUAUUCAGCAAACGGAAUUAAAUACAAGUCAUUUAAUAGAAUAAAAACAGACAGUGACAUCAGUGACAUGCUUUAACAUAUUCAGUAAAAUGACUGGCCACAGGAUGACAUGGUUUAAUUUGUAAAUGAUGUGCACAGAUUGACCCUGAAAAACUUCAUAAACACAAGUUUUACAGAAGAAUAAAGGAGGUCCCAAAGUCA